AUGUUGCCCUACACGGUCAAUUUCAAGGUGUCGGCUCGCACCCUCACGGGGGCCCUCAGCGCCCACAACAAGUCGGCAGUGGACUGGGGCUGGCAAGGUUUAAUUGCUUAUGGAUGUCAUUCGCUUGUGGUUGUGAGCGAUUCCAACACUGCCCAGACUCUCCAAGUUCUAGAGAAGCAUAAAGCUGAUGUUGUCAAGGUUAAAUGGGCCAGAGAGAAUUAUCACCAUAACAUUGGCUCUCCCUACUCGUUGCGCUUAGCCUCUGCUGACGUCAGCGGGAAGAUCCUGGUUUGGGAUGUGGCCGCGGGAGUAGCUCAGUGUGAGAUCCAAGAACACACCAAGCCCAUCCAGGACUUGCAAUGGCUGUGGAAUCAGGAUGCUUCCCGGGAUUUGCUGCUCGCCAUCCACCCUCCGAAUUACAUUGUGCUGUGGAAUGCAGACACUGGCACCAAGCUUUGGAAGAAGAGCUAUGCAGAUAACAUCCUUUCGUUUUCUUUUGACCCUUUUGAUCCCUCACACCUAACACUGCUCACCAGUGAGGGUAUUAUAUUCAUCUCUGACUUCUCUCCAUCCAAGCCGCCUUCUGGCCCUGGAAAGAAAGUGUACAUCUCCAGCCCGCACUCCAGCCCAGCUCAUAACAAGCAAGCUGCAGCCACCGGGGCCAAGAAGGCACUUAAUAAAGUGAAAGUUUUGAUCACUCAGGAGAAACCUAGUGCUGACUUUGUGACCCUGAAUGAUUGCCUUCAGUUGGCAUAUCUCCCUUCCAAGAGGAAUCACAUGCUAUUACUCUACCCUCGGGAGAUUCUGAUCCUUGAUCUCGAGGUGAAUCAGACAGUGGGUGUGAUUGCCAUCGAGCGAACAGGAGUUCCAUUUCUCCAGGUAAUACCCUGCUUUCAGCGUGAUGGUUUAUUUUGCCUACAUGAAAAUGGUUGCAUAACCUUACGUGUUCGAAGAUCUUACAGUAGUGUUUUCAGCACUUCAAAUGAUGAGCCAGAUCCAGAUCCUGUCCAGGAGCUGACCUAUGACCUUCGCAGCCAGUGUGAUGCCAUCAGAGUGACAAAAACGGUGCGUCCAUUCAGUAUGGUGUGCUGUCCUGUCAAUGAGAAUGCAGCCGCGCUCAUCGUGAGUGACGGCAGGGUCAUGAUGUGGGAGCUGAAGUCCACUGUCUGUAACCCCAGCUCCCGGAGCAGUAGUUCUGGUGUGUCACCCUUGUAUUCCCCAGUGUCCUUCUGUGGAAUUCCUGUAAGAGUUCUACACAAUAAGCUCCCGGACCUCUCCUUAGAUAACAUGAUUGGGCAAAGUGCAGUUGCUGGAGAAGAACACCCCAAAGGCUCCAUUCUGCAGGAGGUGCAUCUCAAGUUCCUCCUCACCGGGCUGCUGUCGGGACUGCCCCUGCCACCGUUUGCUAUCCGCAUGUGCCCACCGCUGACCACCAAAAACAUCAAGAUGUACCAGCCCCUGCUUGCUGUUGGCACAAGUAACGGCUCGGUCCUGGUGUAUCACCUCACCAGCGGGCUGCUGCACAAGGAGCUGAGCGGCCACUCGUGUGAAGUCAAAGGAAUCGAAUGGUCAAGCCUGACCGGUUUUCUGUCGUUUGCCACCUCAACACCAAACAAUAUGGGACUCGUGAGAAAUGAACUCCAACUCGUGGAUCUUCCAACAGGUAGAAGCAUUGCUUUCAGAGGUGACCGAGGCAAUGACGAGUCGCCCAUCGAGAUGAUUAAAGUGUCUCAUUUGAAGCAGUAUCUGGCAGUUGUCUUCAAAGAUAAACCCCUGGAAUUGUGGGAUAUUAGGACUUGUACCCUCCUUAGAGAGAUGUCCAAAAAUUUCCCUUCAAUAACUGCGUUGGAGUGGUCACCAUCUCACAACCUGAAGAGCCUGCGGAAGAAGCAGCUGGCCACCCGGGAGGCCAUGGCCCGCCAGACCGUGGUCUCUGAUGCGGAGCUGAGCAUCGUGGAGUCGUCUGUCAUCAGCUUGCUACAGGAAGCUGAAAGUAAAUCUGAGCUGAGUCAGAACAUCUCUGCCCGGGAGCAUUUUGUGUUCACGGAUAAUGACGGCCAGGUCUACCACCUGACCGUGGAGGGCAACUCGGUGAAGGACAGUGCACGGAUCCCUCCAGAUGGCAGUAUGGGCAGUAUUACCUGCAUCGCUUGGAAAGGUGACACCUUAGUUCUUGGUGACGUCGAUGGAAAUUUAAAUUUUUGGGAUUUGAAAGGCAGAGUAUCGAGAGGGGUACCUACGCACCGCAGUUGGGUGAGGAAGAUCCGCUUCGCCCCUGGCAAAGGAAACCAAAAACUGAUAGCGAUGUACAACGAUGGAGCCGAAGUGUGGGACACCAGAGAGGUUCAGAUGGUGAGCAGUUUAAGGAGCGGGAGAAAUGUGACUUUCCGGAUACUGGACGUGGACUGGUGUACGUCAGAUAAAGUGAUCUUGGCGUCAGAUGAUGGCUGUAUCCGGAUCCUGGAGAUGUCCAUGAAGUCCACGUGUUUCAGGAUGGAUGAGCAGGAGUUAGUCGAGCCCGUGUGGUGCCCGUACAUACUUGUCCCCAGGGCCUCGCUGGCCUUGAAAGCCUUCUUACUACACCAGCCGUGGAGUGGACAGUACUCUCUGGACAUUUAUCAAGUUGAUUAUCCGGAAAAUGAAGAAAUAAAGGACCUCCUUCAAGAGCAGUUGAAUUCAUUGUCCAAUGACGUAAAGACGCUCCUACUUGACCCGGCCUUCACCCUCCUGCAGAGGUGCCUGCUUGUUUCAAGGCUGUACGGUGAUGAGUCGGAGCUACACUUCUGGACCGUGGCGGCCCACUACCUGCACAGCUUCUCCCAGGAGAGGUCCUCAGCGGGAGAGGCGGCUCAGGGCAGAGUGCACAACCCCCUCGAUAUAUGCUACGAUGUCCUCUGUGAGAGUGCCUACUUCCAGAAACUUCAGCUGGAAAGGGUUAAUCUACAGGAAGUAAAGCGGUCGACCUAUGAUCACACUCGGAAGUGUACGGACCAGCUCCUUCUCCUGGGACAAACAGACCGCGCUGUGCAGCUGCUGCUGGAGACGAGUGCAGACAACCCCCACUACUACUGUGACUCGUUGAAAGCCUGCCUGGUCACCACCGUCACCUCGUCCGGCCCCUCGCAGAGCACCAUCAAGCUGGUGGCCACCAACAUGAUCGCCAAUGGCAAGCUGGCAGAGGGCGUGCAGCUACUCUGCCUGAUCGACAAGGCUGCCGACGCCUGCCGCUACCUGCAGACGUACGGGGAGUGGAACCGGGCGGCCUGGCUUGCGAAGGUCCGUUUAAACUCUGAAGAGUGUGCAGAUGUCCUGAAGCGCUGGGUGGACCAUCUGUGCUCUCCACAAGUCAACCAGAAGUCCAGGGCCCUCCUGGUCCUCCUUUCCCUGGGCUGCUUUUCCACUGUGGCCGAGACGCUGCACAGCAUGAGGUACUUUGACCGAGCGGCCUUGUUCGUGGAAGCGUGUCUCAAGUACGGCACCAUGGAAGUCACUGAAGAGACCGAGAAGCUCAUCUGUGCUGUGUAUGCAGAUUACGCCCGGAGCCUCAAGAACCUGGGCUUCAAAGCAGGAGCUGUUCUUUUUGCUUCAAAAGCCGGAGCCGCUGGCAGAGAUUUAUUGAAUGAACUUGAAUGCCCUUUGGAAGAACUGGCAGAAGAGUGA